CCACGUACUACUCUAUUUACCCCAUUCAGUUAAGUAUCUAUACAUUGUCUGUAGCCUAUAGAAAUUAACACGUAUAUUCUGAACAAAGGCAGCGAUCCCCAGAGGGAAGUUUUGUGUCAAAAACGUUUUCCAAUACUUGAUCAUUCCGUCCGUAUAUCGAUCUGCUCCAUUUUACUUUUGUAACGUAUAGUGGUUAAUGCACAAAAUCCAGUGAACAUGAAGCGUUUAGAUGUACAUAUCUUUUUUCUGUUUCUUGUGGCCUUGGAAAUUAUUGUGAUGGAUGCACAAUUUACAUGUUUCCGAAAAUACAGAGAAAAACGAGGAAAAGAAUUUUGUAAAGGACCACUGAAAAACAGGAGGAAAUUCUCUACACCAGAAAAAUGCUGCGCCAAAAAAGGCAAAGGAUUUGCUGUUUCAGUGGUUAAAGCUGGGGGAAGAAAUAAAUAUCAAUGCACACCAUGUAGUGAUCUGCUAAAGACAACCCCAGCCCCGACUCUACCACCUACACCUGAAAUUACCACAGAACUACCUGAGUGGGGCCGAUGGAACCCUUGUAGCGUGACGUGUGGAUACGGGUGGCGGAACAGAUACAGGAAAUGCGAUGACUGUGAUAAGAAUCACUUCAACUACGUCCAGUCCGAGCCCUGCCUCGAUAACUUCUACUGCCCGAUGGAUGGUAACUGGGGUAACUGGAUGGGGUGGAGUCAGUGCUCAGCUGAUUGUGGGGGCGGGACCCGUACCAGGGUUCGACGUUGUAACUAUCCGCCACCAACACACGGAGGCAAAAAUUGCCCCGGGCUGAGAGUCAAAGAGGAACCAUGUAACGAGGACCCAUGCAAAGUUGACGGAAAUUGGGGAGCUUGGUCACAAUUCACUCUGUGUAGCGCCACUUGUGGGUCAGGAACGAUGGUGAGAACGAGGAAAUGUGACGACCCGCCGGCUCAAUUUGGAGGAAAAGAGUGUAAAGGGGUGCCGUACCAGGAAAAACGCUGUAAAAACAGAAACUGUCCGCUGCACGGUGGAUGGUCUCUAUGGGGGCCUUGGAGUGAGUGUUCCGUCACGUGUGACACGGGAAUGGUGACGCGUACGCGCACGUGCGACAGUCCGCGUCCUCUGUUUGGUGGGCGAGAAUGUGAUGGAUCCGCCACAGAUACCAGGGACUGCACUGCUAACAAACAAUGCCCAGUACAUGGCGGUUGGACAUCGUGGACAACACAAGGAAGGUGUAACGCGCCUCGUUGUGAAAGCGGAACUACAAUUCGUUCGCGCAGCUGCACUAAUCCCCGACCACGACAUGGCGGCCGCCCGUGUGUUGGUCGGUCCUACAGCCGGGAACCCUGUGUAAAUGACGAGAAUUGUCCCAAGGCGGGCGAGUGGUGUAGCUGGAAUGAAUGGUCACAAUGUACCGCCACUUGCACGGGACUUAACUCCAUGCAGGUCCGCCAGAGGUCGUGUCAAUGCCCUGGUCCACAAGCAGGAGGCAGCGAAUGUGAUGGAAGCAAAUAUGAAGCUCGAGAGUGUGUGAAUGUGAAACCAUGUAAUCCUUACGGAGCAUUCCUAGGUCGACGAGGCGAGGAAACGUACAGUUCUGAAGUGAAUAAAACAGAAAAUGCUGACAACUCAAAGAAGGAUGUUGACAUCAUUGCUUCGUAGUAUACAGUUAAGGAAAUUGAGAACAGUAAACCACAUUUAAAACUGUUUUCGAAGAAAAGGGAAUUUGAAUCGAAAUAUAAGUAUCUGCUUUGAUGCGGAGUUGCCGAUAGGAAAAAAAAAAGAUUUUAUCAAAGGGAAGGAAUCGACGAAGAGAGACUUGAAUCCACGCUUUCCAAAAUUUUAACACAAUAUAUUUACAAAACUGAUUGUAAAAGUAGAUCUCUGUGAAGAAAGAAUCUACGAGUUCAGAGACCCACAAUUACUAUAUAUAAAAAAAAUCAUGUUUAUCUUUGAAAAUAUGUUGUUAUUGUAAAUGUUUUGUGUUUUUCUAUGGUUAAUAUUAUGUUAGGAAAGCUUUUGACAUCUUUACAGUCUAUAUAUUUAAUUUAUUUUUUAUAUCUUAACUUUGUAUGCGGAAGUUUUUACUACCUAUCACUAAUUUCCUGUAAUUAUCUUUCAGUUCAACAUUUUAGAAUAUAAAUAAGAUUAUUACAAUGAAAUCAUUUUCAAUUCACAUAGGCCAGUAGAAGUCAAACACAAAGAAAAAUCUUUUUGAUAAAUACCUUUCAUAUCCUUCCAGUCGAUGUCGGUAUGGUAUUACUUUUAUAUAUUUAUUAUACAGUUACUGUAGCUCUGUGAUCUCGUCUAAUUUUUUUUCAGUAAGCAAUUAUGUAUAGAAAGGAUUUUAAUGUGGCUUUUUGGACAUAAUUUUGUACAGAAUAAACAAUAUGUUAAAUA